UCAUCGUAUACAAUUAUUGCAAUGGCUGCUGUACGCGAAAUUGCCGAUGUGAAAUCAUUUGAAGAAGUUUUAAACAGUUCGGGAAGCCAACUGGUGGUAGCACAUUUCUCAGCCGCAUGGGCCCCCCAAUGUCAACAAAUGAACGAGGUCUUGGAAGAGCUAAGUAAAGAUACACAAAUAGCCAAGUGUCACUUCCUAAAGUUAGAAGCAGAGGACCUUCCAGAGCUGUCAGAAAAAUAUGAAAUAGCGGCUGUACCUACAUUUAUAUUUUUCAAGAACAAGUCAAAGUUGGACCGGCUUGAUGGAGCUAAUGCAGCAGAGUUAACUAAGAAAGUGAAAACAUUAUCAUCAUUAUCAAAUGUCCCCGUACCAACCCAACAACCUAUCAAAAAACAGGACAUCAAUGAGAGACUGAAGAUGUUGGUUAACUCGGCUCCUGUGAUGGUCUUCAUGAAAGGUGUACCAGAAGAGCCCAAAUGUGGAUUCAGUCGACAGCUAAUGCAAAUUCUGAAUGAGCGGAAUGUUAAAUUUAGUUCGUUUAACAUCCUUGAGGAUGAGGAAGUGCGGCAAGGUUUAAAGAAGUUUUCUAACUGGCCGACAUACCCACAGCUCUAUGCCAAUGGAGAUCUACUCGGAGGACUUGAUAUUAUCAAGGAACUCAUUGAGUCGGGCGAGUUCGAGUCUCAACUUCCAGAACAAGUAAAACUUGAAGACAGAUUGAAGUCCCUGAUCAACAAAGCUCCUGUGAUGUUGUUUAUGAAAGGUGAUCGCCAGACUCCAAGAUGUGGAUUUAGUCGGCAGGUGACAGCGUUGCUAGUGGAAACAGGAGUUCAGUACGAGACCUUUGAUAUACUGACCGAUGAUGAGGUGCGACAAGGAUUAAAGAAAUUCUCUAACUGGCCGACAUAUCCACAACUAUACGUAAACGGGGAGUUAGUCGGUGGGCUUGAUAUCAUCCAGCAAUUAAAAGAAUCGGGAGAACUGGAGAAUAUAUUAAAGGAAGGACAAUAGAUUAUUCAUCAUUAACAAUGCAACUGCAGUGGUGUGACUGUGGACAGCUUGAUCAAAACUCUCAAGUUGAGACGGUGCCGUGGGG